AUUUAUGUUUAGUUUGAUAAAAUUGACAUGUGUCUGUCUAUAGAUAUUGAACUUCAUAUUUUGUUAGUUAUAUAGGAGUAUACCGGAAACGUUCAUACGAUAACGAAAUCCGUAUUAUUCCUGUAAUCCUUGAAUAAAAAGUUUUCUUGUGUUAAAAAAAAAAAGAUAGAUAAACGACAUCAAUUAGAAUACGAUUUGAAAGAUGUUGAUAACUCAAGAUCCACAAUGGAACGGCGUCGCGGCAUCGGAACUUCAGAUGUUUCCAGAGCUUGAUUUUUUGGAUGACAAUUCUCUUCUUCCUGAUGAUUUGUUUCAAAGUCUAAGUUCUGAAUUAGGAAUUCCUCUUUUACCUGAUGAAGUAUCUCAGGAUUAUUGUAAAAAUUACGAUGAAAAUACAGAAGAAAAUAUAAAAUCUUGUAAUACUUUUGAGGAUUUUGAUUCGUGUUUUACUCAACAAGAUAAAGAUCCAGAAAUUACCGAGGGAAAUACUGAAAUAAAAUUAGAACCUGUAAGUCCUGGUACGCAUUUACCUCUCUCUUCUAGUCCAAGUCAUUCAGAAUCUAGUGGAUCUGAGUGGCAACAAGAAAUAAUAUCUAAUCUUUCAUCAACAGAUUUAAAGUUCACAUUAGAAACACCACCAAUUUCACCACCAUAUGUUUCUCCCCCAAUAUCACCAUCAACUGUAACACCUACACCUUUCGUCCAACAAGUACAAUUAAUACCUAUUAAUACACAAGAAACAAAAAAUACAAAGUAUAAAAUUGCCAAUGAAAAUCCUGCAAAACGUGUUUGUAUUCAACCAAAGGGUAAUACUCAAGUUACACAAGGUGAUGAACAACUUCAAAAGACUAUAAUAUUAAGUGCUCAGGAUUUUGCUGUUUUAGCACAAAAGGCAAAACAAAAUCAGACAUAUCCUUUGAAGCUACAAUCAUUAUCAUUACAUAAACCAAUUAAAAUACGUGGCCCAUUAAAUUUUCAGUCUACAUCAUUAAAUCAUAUAAAAACAGAAAAUAAUGGAGUUAAAUUACAGCAGCAAAAUAAUGUAAAAAUUAUUAAUGCAUUACCUAAUCUUCAUGUAUCGACUGGAGGAGAAUCCAUAGUUAAUGUUCCCAAUACUUCCGUAAUUGUAAAUAAUGAAAAUGCUAAUCAUACCUCUAUUGUUGUAAAAAAUGAACCAGUGGGAUGUGAUUCAAUUGUUAUAAAAAAAGGAACAUCAAAUUGUACUCCUAUUGUUAUAAAAAAUGAAAUUCCAGUUUUUAAUAAUCUCUCUGGUAAGCAAGAAUGUGAAAUGAAAGCUUUAAAGAGACAACAAAGAAUGAUAAAAAAUCGAGAAUCUGCUUGUCUUUCACGAAAGAAAAAAAAAGAAUACGUUUGCUCUUUAGAAAAACAGAUUUCUCAACUUCAAGAGGAAAAUAACAAACUUAAAUCUGAAAAUAUAGCUUUGAAACAAAGGCUAUCAACAUUAGAAGACACAAUUAUAUCUAACAACAAACUUGGAAAUGUUAAUCUUAAUGUGAACAAGAAAAAUGCUGCUAUCCUUUUAGGAAUGAUUUUAAUGGUAUCUCUUAAUCUUAAUGGUCUAGUAGGCAUAUUUCCACAUAGCAAAAGAUUGGAUAGUAUGUCAACAGAUAUACCAGCAAUUACACCAAAUGUUAGACAUGGUAGAAGUUUGCUAUGGGCAAAUCCUGAUACACGUAUUGAAGAAGAACUUGGAAAUGAUUUUAAUAAAAAUAAGUCAAUGCAUCAUCCUAUGUGUCCUAUGUAUAUUAAUCAGAGUGAAUCAAUACGUUUAGAUUACGAGUUACGGCGGUGGAUUGGUGGAGAGUCUGAUCGUGAUAAUUGGACUACACCGACAAAGACUGAAUUAAAUAAAAAAUUAUUAGGAGAACUUCUUUUACCAAAAUCAUCUAUAGAGAAAAAAACAGUAUAUAACAAGAAUCGUUAUUUACGAAAAAUAAAAUCAAAAGAUAUGCAUAAGAUGAACAAUAUUCAUACAUCAAAUGUUAAUGCAGUUGAAGUAUUUUCUCCAAUUCUCAGUGAACAUGCUUCUUUAUUUGAAGCUUUAGGAAGAAAAGAUGAUACUUUCUAUGUAGUAUGGUUCAGUGGUGAACACUUAUUAUUACCAGCUUCAAGAAAAAAUAACACAUCUAGACCAAAAAUGGCAUUGGUUCUUCCUGCUGUUCCUUUGAAUGAAAAUUAUUCAACUCCUGCAAAUCACAUUACAAUGAUGCAAAUCGAUUGUGAAGUAACAAAUACUCAAUUAUUACAUCUACAACAAUCUGUCAUACCUUUCCAUUUACGUAAGAAUAGUAAAUCAGAAAAUAGCAGUAGUCAGACUCAAACUGCUAAUGGUGUGUCAGAUGCCACAACAGUUAAUGUAACCAGAACCCAUAAACCAUAUUUUAUAAAGGAAAAUGAUCCUUAUGUACUUGAUACAAAAAAUUUGAGGGAAACUUAUACUCAAAGAUCUAAGGAAAAUUAUCACAACAAAGAUAUGACUUAUCUUUUAAAAGAAAAAUUUGUUACUGGAUUUGGUUUGGAAAAUAUAAAAAGUGAUAAUUAUGAAAGUAUUAAAAAUACAAAUGAAAGAAAAACAGAUAUUUUCAAAUUAAAAAAUAUUGGCCAUCAUUAAUAUUAAUUUCUAUAUUAAUGAUUAUCACAUACUAUAUUAUAUUCACUUAUACAACAUACGUGAUAACAUAUUUGCAUGUGUUUUUAUAUAUCACAUGCUGAAAAUUAGUGCAAUUUUCUGCACAAAUAUAGAUAUUUAGCUAUGUAAAAUGUUUAUAUAAGAAAAAUUCAUAAUAUCCAAUAGAUGGACUAUAAUAUAAUAGAAUAAAUAUAGAAGAAGACCUCUCGUCAAGAAAAACAAAAU